UACCCUUCACCUAGACGAUUACUCAAUUUACUCUCAAUUCGCGACGCUCAAAAUUCCAGUCGAGCCAAAAGAACCCAACCCUAAUUCCAGUCUUCGUCUUUGUUCUCACGCGGUCUCCGAUUCUCACCCCAUCUCUUCCGAUGGCCACCGAAUCAGAGAAAUCCAACCCCAAUAUCCCCGCUCAAGAAAGCCCUAAGAAAACUCUAGACCAUGAGGUCUCGCCCACCGACAAACCAGAUCGGCACGAAGAUCCGCCCAGUAGUACUCCUACUGAACUGUCUUCUGAAUCCACUGUUCCUUCUGGUACUGGAGGGUCUCGGAAGGACGGCGAGGAUUCGAAGAGCACGGCAGCAACGGUGGGCUCGCCAGCGGGGGAUGAUGUCCCGACUUCCACUGUUCAGAAGAAGAUUCGCCGAGCCGAGCGAUUUGGUAUAUCUGUGCAACUCACCGAGGAAGAGAAGCGUAAUUCCCGAGCAGAGAGGUUUGGUACUGGGUCCACAUUGCAUGGUUCAGAGGCAUUGAAGAAUUCAGAGGUGCUGAAGAGAAAGGCUAGAGCUGAGAGGUUUGGGCUUCAGGAUUCGUCUGUGGCUACUGAUGAGGAAGCAAAGAAGAAAGCUACUCCAGAUGAGGAAGCAAAGAAGAAAACUACUCCUGAUGAGGGAGCAAAGAAGAAAGCUACUACUGAUGAGGAAGCAAAGAAGAAAGCUCGGCUUGCUAGGUUUGCACCUCCAGUCUCUAAAACAGAUACCUUGGAAGAAGAAAAAAGGAAAGCAAGGAUGAUCAGGUUUUCAAACCCUCCAAAUUCUUUGUCACAAGUGAAUGGCAAAGGGGAUGUGGAGCCGAAGGCAGCUAUCGCAGGCAAGGCUGGAGGAGGGACUUGAGUUGAGACAUGCUUCUCAAUAGUUUGGUGUUUUUGCUUUUUUAAUUUCCUCUAUGGCUUAUAUACGCAUUCCUUCUAUCCGUCAUGUGGAUUCCCAGAUGCAGCACUUUCCGUUGUUAGACAGAUACUUUUCUAGCAUUGAACAAGAUUUUGGAAGCAUGAAGUUCUCCAUCCUGGAUGUGUUUUAGUAAUGGUUUACCUGGUGAGACCUAGAGUAAUUUAUGACUACCUACUUGGUGUUAAUUAUCUCAAAGUCUAUGAAGAAUAUCAGAAAUUCGAAAUUACCAAGUAGGUGAUAUUUAACAUCUUAGAUUUUUCAUUUUCAAACUUUACCCACUAUUUAAAUCUCUCUUUUUUAGAGAUGUGUCUAGCAUCUGAUAUAUGCUGACAGUCGCAUAAUCAUGAUCACGUGGUGUGGCAGAGUACUAAGUUGGUUUUGUGAGUUUAUCAUCAUCUGAUCCAAGAUGGGUAGUGUCAAAAUUUGCUGUGUUCUUUUGCUGUUAGUUGUGAAUGUUUUUAUUGUAGAACUAAAUAAAUUAGGUUUUGGGCCCUUUAAGAAAAGGAAUCACUCGGAUUGUGCUCUAUUCUGGUUGACUUGAACUUAGAUUUUGGAUAAUUUUCAACUUUGCAUUUUUAGAGAUUAGGUGUCAACUUUUGAUGGUAGGACCGGUAGUGCAAGCAUAAUUGCUUGUGCUCUGCUGAGAUCAGGACUUUGUGAAGGGCCGCUGCCAAGGAAUUUUUUAGGCAUGUUUAAUAUGUUUUGUGAGCCAUAUUUGAGGGUAGGGGAACAAGGAAAGAUAAAUUGUAUUAGCUUUGAACUAUUCUGCAUUUGUUCUUCUCUCCAAGUGGGGUUUCGUCUCAUGUCUUAUUUGAUGAUAGUGCAACACAACAUAUUUUUAUACUACAAAUCAUGGAUCAGAUCUUACAAACUCAUGCCUGCUAUGUCUUUACUAUUUAUUCUGGUGCAAAUCUCUUUCGGAUCAGCCGAGAUCUGAAGGCAUAUGCUACUUAGUACUGUUGUCCAACACUUGAUCAUGAGAACCAUUUCCAGAAUGCAUGAGUAAAUUGAAAGGUAAAUUUGUUAGAUGGGAUGGAAAACCUUAUUAUAAUGUAGUGUUCUUUCAGAAUUUCUGAUGUUCUUGGUUUGUAAUUUGAGAUAAUUGCACUAUUGGGAGGUUAUUGUUAAUUUUCUUAGGUCUCACUGGGAGAACUUCACAAUCUGCAAGGUAGGAUUUUUGGAAUGGAGAUUACUCUGAUAACUAGGUUUGUCAUUAGCUUGUAAUUUUGUAGAUUCUCAAUGUGAAUCUUUCAAUCGAUGAAACACUGGAAAAUACCCUGCUUCUGUGGAAAUUCUUUUCGAGUUAUAGUUGGAUUAGAUGGAAUGUAAAGACCUUUUUUUACUUGCUGGAGGAUUUUAGCAUAUU